UUUUGGUGCUAUCAAGAAGAUGUUGAGAAGGUAUGGAAUUCUAGUAUUUGAUCACCAGGCUUUAGGGAUGAUUUACCAUAAAUUCUAAUAGCAGGAAACCGCAAGUUGGAUACCUCCUAUUCUGUACAGGUGGUCCAAUGUUGAUUCCCAAGGAAUCAAUUCCACGAAGAUGUUUCUCGCUGGAUUAUUCAUCGAUGAGAUGAGUUAUUUUGCGCCAAACGAUAUCAAUACAAAGGAGUUCGAGGAACACGUCGUAAACCACGCUAGAAUAGCUGAGGUCCCAACUCCCUUCAUCUCAACCUUCAGGUCCAUGCUUGCACCGGUCCACAGGGCGAUCAACAAAAAAGAAGGGGCAAUAGUAACCAUGAUUGACUCGAAGAAGCUGCAGACCCAAGUUUACUCUGCUAAGAAACUUCUCCGAAAGCUUGGUUUGAGAGUGGGAAUAUACAAUGGCGCGGGUGAAUUUUUGAUCUGGGGAAAGGUCCAUGGAUCUGCUAUAAUAUCCUCGUUUAAAGCCAGCUCGCUUCUUCAGAUAGCAAGUGAGUAUCCCCAUAUUGAGAGCAUUCUGCAGCUGGACACCAUUGGAACCUAUGAGAAAGCUGGAAGAUCAUUACACCAAGUCCUAGCCAAGAGCCCGGGACAACUUGACCACCAAUCUGGCUUGAUUAUAGGAGAGCUCUUGGCCCGCCUCCAAGUACCUCAACGAUAUUGCAAUUUAGUUGGGCAAGGAAUAGCGUACUCAUGGCGUUUGAAUACGAAGAAAGGAACUUGGCAAGAGUUUAUCGGAGGAAUCUACAGUGGCUAUUCGUCUCUGAGCGAGGUCCAGAACCCAGAAACACCUCUGUCUGCCAUUUUGGGCCAAGAGGAUCUAGAUCUGCUCGAGCCACCUUCAGACGAAGACACUGUAACCGAGGGGGAAUCAUCUUCAGAUAAUGAUGAUCCGGAGAGUGACGAUGAUCCAAGAGCCGACACGCCUUGCCCGGUAGGACUGCCUACGAGGACUGCGUUGCCACCUAUCGAGCUCUUCGACGGCGGUAGCAGAAGGUGGAUAGCGCAAGAAGGCUGCACAAGGGAAGAGAUUAUCAUUGACAACUCCAGCGCCGAAGAUGAUGUUCUUGACGAUGUUUUCACAGCGGCUGCCUUCCCAAACACCUUGUUUAACACGAAUACAGCAAAUGACACCUCUGAGAGCGUCACUUCAGCGAAUUCUGAGCCGGAGCCCAUCGACUCUCGUCAUCAACCAGCACCAGGGGACCAAUUUGCGAGCGACAGAGCGAGAAUUAACCAAAUUCUGAAUUGAUAUUGCACUCAAUGAUACCUGUUGAUCGUGCUUAACCACGUGGAAGAACAGAAAAUAUGAUUAUGCACAACGAAAAAUCACAAAUGGAGAACAGAAAGGAAGAGAAGGGGGGAGAGGG